AUGCCUUUCUUCGUCCGAGAGAAGGAGUUUUUGAAACUCUACGGCUUUGGUACGUCGCAGAUUGAGGAAGCCCAGGCGCCACCUUUCCCUCUCGCGCUGCCCAAGGCUGCCUCAUGGUGUCCUUCGGGCAUUGCCUUAGCAAUGGUCGAUCCAGUGCAGGGGCCGCGCGUCGCGGUCUUUGAGUCGGCGAGUGGGACCUCACUGUCCGGUGCCACUCUUCUGGACUUACCCAAAGCCCCGAAGAACGCCUUCACCUUCAUGUGGUCUCCACAGGGUUCGGCGUUGGUGACGAUUGCGCCGGGCGGAAAGAGCUUGCAGGAGGCCAACGUGCACGUUUGGCGCCGCGCCGGGGCGGAGGGUCCCGGUGCGGGUGCUGGCGAGGGUGGGGACUACGAGCUGCAGGCAUCUUUCUGCCACCCGAAGCUGGAGAAGGACAAGAAGGUGCUGCAAUGGACCGCAGAUGAGAACCUGUGCGCCAGGCUCACGCCGGAAGGGAAAAUCAUCCUCUACGACGGUGCCAACCUGGGGGUGGAUCAUCUCAUCGAGUUGGCGGUCCAAAACGUGGCAGGCUUCGAGUUUGCAUCCAUGACGGGCUCGGAAGAGUGCUUCGCGCGCUUGGCACUCUUCGUCGCGGACCAGCGGGAUGACCUGCAGCGGGUCGUGGGCCCUGCGGAGGUCUCCAUUCUCGAGCUCAGCGUGGAUGAAGAGGGCAUACACGCAACGCCCUGCGCGAAGAUGAGUGUGACGUGUGGACAGGUGGCCGACCUGUUGUGGAACAACACGGGAAGCUGCCUGAUCGCCCACUGCCAGACGGAGGUGGAUGAGACAGGUCAGAGCUACUAUGGCGGGUCACGGCUGGCCUUCAUGUCGCGUGCGGGGGAGGUCAGGAAGGAUUUGACAGAUGAAGAGUGCCAGGGCGGCUGCGUCCAGGCUGUGUCGUGGAGCCCGACACGCGACGAGUUCAUCCUCAUCUCAGGCUUCCAGCCUGCCAAAGCCACGCUUUACGUCUGGGACGAGAAGGCCAAGAAGGUGUCCUCGAAGAAGACGUUGCUGGAGAAGGCGCACAGGAACACCAUCCGCUACAACUCCUUCGGUUCCCUGGUUUGCCUCGCUGGCUUCGGGAACCUGGCUGGCGGCGUGGACUUUUUCGGCCGCGAAGAGGAUGAUUACGUUCACGUGUCGAGUUGCACCGCCAACUGCACGGUCUCAGCAGAGUGGGCUCCAGAUGGGCGCCAUUUCUUGACGGCGGUGCUCGCACCGCGCAUGCGAGUGGACAACGGAAUCAGCGUUUGGCAUGCCCUAAGCGGCUCCAAGGUGUGCACGACUCCGUUUGAGGAGCGGGGACGGAAAGGCUGCACACUCUUACGGUUUUCAGGCCCUAGGUGUCGCUAG